CCCUAAUAAGGACUUUUAUUUGGAAUGAGAAAACUGUCAAUAUGAGUCAACCAGGUUAUGUUGCGACACCUCCUUAUUCUCAAUCUCAGCCAGGAAUGGGAGGCUUUUCUACAGGACUUGGCCCUCCUACUUCUUCACCUCAUUAUGGGCAUUAUGGUGGCCCUAAUUCCUUAUACUCAGCACCUCAGUCAGGUAUGUUGAAAUCAACUGUGCCUUUUGGAUCUUCUGCUCCUGUUGGAUCCCCACCUCCUGGCAUCCACCUGUAUAAUCAGACCAAUCUCCAGAAUGGGCCCAGUACACCAGGGCAUCAGCAACACAGGUUUCAAGGUCCUUCACCUGGCAGCAGUGUACCACCUUCCUAUCCUCCCUACAAUCAUCAGUCACAGCCACCAUAUGCAAAUACUGCAUCCCCUUCAUCCACAGCCCAACUGGCUAAUCAGCUUGGCACCAUGCAGAUAAAUAGCUAUGGUCCUGGUGCUUCUCCAAGCUCUCGCAUGCCCUCUGGACCUCCAGCAUCUUUCCAAAGUCCACCACUGCCAUCAGCGCAACCACAAAUGGCCUUACCACCAGGGGCUCAGAUUCCUCCAACACCAGCAAAUAAUCUGAAUGGAAUUUGUACUCCGCCCUCAUUGCCUCCACUGGCCAUGCAAGAUGGGAUCCCUGGAUCUGGCCCGCCAAAUGCCAAUUUACAGCAACUUCCAGGACAACCCCCAGGGCCUGGGUAUCACCCUCAGCAUGCGAACUAUGGCCCUCAGAUGGCAGGAUCUCAGCUCUCUUAUCCUGGUGCUUUUCCUGGUGGUCCAGGCCAACUUGCAGGUCCACAGCAGAAGAAGCUUGAUCCUGAUUCCAUUCCAAGCCCAAUUCAGGUAAUUGAAAAUGACAAGGCUUCUAGAGGAGGUCAAACUUAUGCUACAAAUAUCAGAGGUCAAGUUCCUCCUCUCGUCACCACAGAUUGUGUGGUGCAAGAUCAAGGAUCAGGAUCUUACUAUUGUCAGUCCUUGAGCAAAAAAACCUCAACAUUCAGAGCAGAAACAUUUGUGACCUCCAAAGAGAAUCCUUCAUGUACUGAUGAAUUUACCCAAGGCAAUGCCAGCCCUCGUUACAUCCGAUGUACAACAUACUGCUUUCCAGCCUCUUCAGAUAUGGCCAAACAGGCUCGGAUUCCACUCGCAGCUAUUGUCACGCCUUUUGCUAUUGUUCCACCAAAUGAGACCCCUCUUUACAUUGUUAACCACGGGGAGACUGGGCCAAUCCGAUGCAAUAGAUGCAAAGCCUAUAUGUGUCCCUUCAUGCAAUUUAUUGAAGGGGGAAGAAAGUAUCAGUGUGGAUUUUGCAGCUGUGUAAAUGAUGUCCCUCCAUUCUUUUUUCAACAUCUGGACCACGUUGGCAGAAGAGUGGACCAUUAUGAGAGGCCAGAGUUAUCUCUAGGAUCUUAUGAAUUUGUUGCUACCUUGGAUUACUGCAGAAACAACAAACCUCCAAAUCCACCAGCCUAUAUCUUCAUGAUUGAUGUAUCAUACAGUAAUAUAAAGAGUGGCCUUGUGAAACUCAUCUGUGAUGAGCUGAAGACUCUGCUGGAUAAACUACCAAGAGAAGAGCAAGAAGAGGCCUCACCUGUUCGAGUUGGUUUCGUUACUUAUAAUAAAGUCCUCCAUUUCUUUAAUGUAAAGAGCAACCUAGCACAGCCCCAGAUGAUGGUAGUAUCAGAUGUUGGAGAAGUCUUCGUUCCAUUGUUGGAUGGCUUCCUUGUCAACUUUCAGGAAUCACGAUCUGUCAUUAGCAACUUGUUGGACCAGAUUCCAGAGAUGUUUGCAGACACUAAUGAGAGUGAGACUGUCUUUGCUCCUGUUAUCCUGGCUGGCAUGGAAGCACUAAAGGCCGCAGAAUGUGCUGGAAAGCUGUUUAUCUUCCAUUCAUCGUUGCCGACUGCUGAAGCACCAGGGAAACUGAAAAACAGAGAUGACAAAAAACUAGUCAAUACAGAUAAAGAGAAGACACUUUUCCAGCCCCAGGUAAAUUUUUAUGAGACUCUGGCUAGAGAUUGUGUAGCUAAUGGCUGCUGUGUGAAUCUGUUCCUGUUCCCGAACCAGUAUGUGGAUAUAGCCUCCAUGGGUCUUGUCACAAUGUACACAGGAGGAACUCUGUACAAAUACAACAAUUUCCAGGUACAUUCUGACAGUCCCCAAUUCCUUAGCGACCUUAGGAAGGACGUAGAAAAAAGAACAGGAUUUGAUGCUAUCAUGCGGGUUCGCACAAGUACAGGUUUCAGAGCCACAGACUUUUUUGGUGGCAUUUACAUGAAUAACACAACAGAUGUAGAAAUGGCAGCAAUAGACUGUAACAAAGCAGUAACUGUGGAAUUCAAGCAUGAUGACAAACUGAAUGAAGACACUGGCGCUUUAAUUCAGUGUGCUGUGCUUUACACAACCAUAAGUGGACAAAGACGACUCCGUAUACAUAAUAUUGGCUUAAACUGUAGUUCCCAGUUAGCUGAUGUCUACAAGAGCUGUGAGACAGAUGCUCUUAUAAACUUCUUUGCUAAAUCAGCUUUCAAAGCCAUUCUUACCCAGCCAUUGAAGACUGUCAGAGAGAUUCUGAUGAAUCAGACUGCUCACAUGCUGGCGUGUUACAGAAAGAACUGUGCCAGCCCAUCUGCAGUAAGCCAGCUCAUCCUUCCUGAUGCAAUGAAGGUGCUGCCAGUAUAUAUGAAUUGUUUGUUAAAAAGUUGUGUCCUAGUUGGCAGACCAGAAAUUCCAACAGAUGAAAGAGCUUACCAUAGGCAACUAAUCAUGUCUAUGGAUGUAGCCAACACACAGCUGUUUUUCUAUCCACAGCUUUUGCCAAUUCACAACAUGGAGGUAAAAAGUGAUGCUUUCCCCACCUCAGUCCGUUGCUCAGAGGAGCGUCUGUCUGAAGGAGGAGUGUUCUUCCUGGCAAAUGGCUUAAAUAUGUUCUUGUGGCUUGGAGUCAGCGCCCCACCUGAGGUUAUUCAAGGCAUCUUUAAUGUACCGUCCUUUGCACAUAUCAGCACCGAAGCUACACAGCUGCCUGAAUUGGACAAUCCAUAUUCUAAGAAGCUCAGAUCAAUAAUGAAGUAUAUCCAGAGCCAAAAGCCUUACUCCAUGAAGCUAAUAAUAGUGAAGCAACGAGAACAGCCAGAGAUGCUUUUCCGACAAUUCCUGGUGGAAGACAAAAGUAUUUAUGGAGGAGCUUCUUAUGUGGACUUCCUGUGUUGUGUCCAUAAAGAGAUCUGUCAGCUGCUCAACUGAAGGAAUUGAAUAUAUUCUGAUAAAUAUCCUUUUUAUUAGUAAGAGAGACCUUCUGCUUGGUGACUAAAGUCCAGAUCCUUAAAGGUAUGCAAGUACAUAAUUUCCCAUCAAUUUCAGAUACCUUUGAGGAUCUGGGCCUAACUCCAAAUAGUGUUUUACCAAGCUUUUCCUAUGCUACUUUGUACAGUUUCUGAUUUCAGACACUAAUGCUCACUCUUGGAGUAUCAAGUUUACCUAUUAAUAUGUAGACUAGGACAUUUUCGCUCAGGUAUAAAAUCUUUGGGAGGGGCUUUACUGUUCUUUUCAGAAGGGUCUGUUUGUAAUUGUGAACUUUCAAACUACCAAGCUUAAAGCUUAUGGUUUGCAUUUCCUAAAUAUCAAGAUAAAUAGAUAGUUUAACAGAACAUUAGUGUUCAUUAUUUGUUAUUCAUAUAAAUUGUAUGAUAGCCAAGAAAAUACCAGGCAAAAGUCUCCACCAUAAAAAAGGUUAUUAACCAAACUCCACCAAACACGCCGAGUUUUUCUAAUAAAACCAAAACAUUUAAAUAUCAAAUUUGCAAUAAUAUUUAAAGUGUUUUUAUAGUAGCCUGCUCCUUUCAUACUUGUCAGUAUAUAACAGUGUUAAUCAUUUGGGACCAUUUUCAACACUUGCGUACUAGUAAGUUAUAAAAUACACAUGAAAUGCUUCAUGGUUUCUCUUCUUGACAGGUAUGGGGUUAUAACUAAACUACUUCUACAAAAGAAAAUGAAAACUAAUGUCUGUCUCACCUUUCAUGUACAAAACAGAGCAAACUGUUCAGGCAUGUGACCCUGCUAUGGAAAAGCCCUCAAAUCCCACUCUGGUCUGCUGAUAAAUAGCAUGGAUUUCUCUUCCCUGCAAAUUUACAGUGCUAUCAAAAACAAAGGGUGCUGCACAGAACUACCUCCAUUUUAACCAGGUGCAGAUCAGUAGUAGGCAUGUCUUGUUUUAUAUAGACUAGCUUUAUUCCAGCCCUGAUCUGAAAACAACCCACACAAGACUUUGAACUACUUUACUAGAAGGGUUCACUGUGGGACUAUACUAAUUAAAGUACAUCUUGACUUUGCAGAGAAUUGAUGGGGGAUUGACCAGAGCAUCCUUUGUGUCAGUGCAGGUCUUGCUAUCUUGUGGGGAUGGCUGGGCUCAGAUUAACAUUUUCCUUUUUUUUUUUUAGCUGCCACAGAUACCAGUAUGUGGCUGGUUCAGGGCAUAGAAAAAAGUUUCUGUCUACAGUUGGGCCUGUCUGUUUGGCUGUGCAUCAUCCUUUGGGGGUAUACAUAACCAAGCUUGUAUCAUAGAAUGUACAAGAGAAGGGAAAGGACUGUAGUAAACAGUAAUGAGUUAUCUUGCUUUUGCUGUAUAUCUACACUAGUUACCCUAGGCUAGUCUCUUAGGGCAUAU